UCGGUGGCCUUCAGCCCCGACGGCCGGUUCCUGGCGUCCGGCAGUUUCGAUAAAUGCGUUCACAUUUGGUCGACACAAUCCGGACAAUUGGUUCACUCAUAUAAGGGAACGGGAGGUAUAUUCGAGGUCUGUUGGAACGCCAGAGGAGACAAAGUGGGCGCCAGUGCUUCCGAUGGAUCGGUCUUUGUUUUGGAUUUAAGAAAAUAAGUAUUUUUUGCAAUCAUCUGUCAAUUCAUUUAUUUAUACAAUAAAACAAUAAAAAUCAACGAUUUUUAAAUUAAAA